GCCCCGCCCCGGUGUCUUCCUUCGCGGCGCGGCCCCGGGGGCCUGGGGCUGGUGCGCGCGGCCUCCGCUCGUCUGGCGAUGGCGCACGGGCCGCCGCUCCUGCUCCUGCCCGCGCUCCUGCUCCUGCCGGCGCUCCUGGUCCUGGUCCUGUGGUUCGGGACGGCCAGCUCAGGUCUCCUGCAAGUGGAGAUGGCAGGGAAGACUCAGAAGGUGCUCCUAAAUGAUACUGCCACCAUUGUCUGCAAAAUCCAUGGUUACCACCAUCUGGACAUCACAGUAAUGGGUAUUACCUGGUAUUGGAAGCAUCAGGCCUCUGCAACGGAAGUUAAACUGUUUGAGUUUUUUGGUGACCAUCAAAUGAUAUUACGAUCUGGAGCCUACGUGUCUCAAAGGAGGCUGCAAAGGGGGGAUGCCUCCCUCCAGCUGCCAGGCGUCCAGCUGAAGGAAGCAGGAGAGUACCGAUGUGAGGUGGUGGUCACCCCUUACAAAGCAGUGGGAACAGUCAACCUGGAGGUUGUGGCUUACCCCGUCAGCAGCUUGUCUCCAGAGCAAGCCAUGGUGAAAGAAAAUGAAGAACAACUUAUUUUGUGUAUGGCAAGUAGGUUCUACCCCAAGAAUAUUACCAUAACAUGGAAAAAGUGGACCCCAAAGGAUCCCCAGUAUCUGGAGGUUUCUGAGGGCAUCAUUACUAAUGGUACCACCGAAGAUGAGGAUGGCAUGUUUAGUGUCACUAGUUACUUGAUGGUGAAGCCCUCUUUGGAAGACAAUAUGACUGUCUAUCAGUGUGUGGUAUGGCAUGAAUCCUUGCCAAUCUCCCAGAGCCGCAACUUCACCUUGAUUGUGACAGUUUCAGAGACUGAAGGUUUGUGGUCAUUGUGCCAUGCCAGCAUGGAUGGAAACAGAGAAGACAACUUCUGUUUGGAAGAACAUUGUUAUCAGCAUUAUAGUAAUAAUCUUCGUAAUUGUACUGGUUAUAUGUAUUUUUAAGAGAAAGGAACUAUGCCAAAAAAAUCCCUUAUCCUCUACCUUAAGAGCUUCUCCUCAGAACAUCCAAAAUGAUAUAGGGGAAGGACUGAAGAACUAUAAUGAGGUGUUUUCAUUAUGAUGUAUUCAUGGCUUAUUCACAUGGAGGAACCAUAGAAGAACACUGGAAAUUCCUACACAGAAAGAUUUCUCAGCGAAUGCAUAAGUACCUGAAAUUACUUUUCCCAGUGGCUUAGGUAGCUUGCCCAAGAGCAGACUGUUCAAGACAUUUUCUUUUAUAACUUCCUGCCAAUUGUCUUAUCCAAGAAAAAGAAAGCAACACUUUCCAAAGAAGACAUACAGAUGGACAACAGACUCAUGAAAAGGUGCUCAACAUUACUGAUCAACAGGGAAAUCAAAACCACAAUGAGAUACUACUUCACACAUAUCAGAAUGGAUAGUAUCAGAAAGACAGGAAACAACAGGUGUUGGUGAGGAUGUGGAAAGAAGGGAGCCCUAGUGCACUAUUGAUGGGAAUGUAGAUUGGUAGUAGCCACUAUGGCAAACAGAAGGGAAGUUCCUCAAAAAAGUAAAAAUAGAACUACCAAAUGACCCAGCAAUUUGACUUCUGAGUAUUUACCUGAAGAAAGUGAAAACACUAAGUAUACAAGAUCUAUGUCCCCUUAGAUCAUUGAAGCAUUAUUUACAAUAUAUAAGAUAAAGAAACUUGUGUCCAUUGAUGGAUGAAUGGAUGAAGAAAAUGUGAUAUAUAUAUAUAUAUACACAUAUAAUGUAUAUCUAUAACAUCUAUUAUAUAAUGUAUGUGUAUAAUUAUAUAUAAUGUGAUACACAUCCAUCCAUACACAUAUAUAAUGAAAAAUAUAAUAAUAGAAUAUUAUUCAUCCAUAAAAAAAGAACAAAAUCUCCUCAUUUGCACAACCACAGAUAGACCUUGAGGGUAUUAUGCUAAAUGAAAUAGAGAAAGAUGAAUACCAUAUGAUCUCACAUUUGGAAUCUAAAACUUCUUUUUUUGAAGAUUAGUUAGUUAUUUAUUCAUGAGGGACACAGAGAGAGGCAGAGAUACAGGCAGAGGAAGAAGCAGGCUCCCUGCCUGGAGCCUGUUGCGAGACUUGGAGGGCUACUCUCCUCCAUACCACCCUGGAAUCACGACCUGAGCCAAAGACAGAUGCUGCACUGUUGAGUCACCCAGGUGCCCUCACAUGUGGGCUAAAAACAAAAAGAAAAACCUAAGCCCGUAGCUAACAGCACAGUGCUAGGUGCCAGGGGUGGAGUGGGUGGAUGAAAUGGGUGAAGGUGGCCAAAAGGGAACAGACUUCUGGUUAUAAAAUAAAUUAUGGGAAUAUAAUACACACCACGGUGCCUAUAGUUAAUAAUACUGUAAUGCAUAUUUAAAAGUUACUGAGAGUAAAUCUUAGUUUACAAAAACUUUUGAGAAAAAGAUUUUUAUAACUAUCGUGACAGAUGUUAACUAUACUUAUUGUGGUGCUUUUUUGCAAUACAUAACAACUUUUGAAUCAUGUCCACCUGAAACUGAUAUAAUAGUGUAUGUCAAUUAUACCCUUCCCCCCAAAGUAACACUUAAAUUUCUAUACUGUGGCCUGUUUCCGUUUCAAAUUCUGCUUCUUAGUUCAAUGAGAGUGACCUAUCCAUGCUAAUAUGUGAAUAAACAUAUUCAUCUGCACUUUUAACUUAA